AAACGGAUGUUUAGAACCUUUCCAGUCUCGCCGUAACCGUGGAUCAGUACAUUCGUUCCCACGCGUGUGUUUUAGCCAUUGUUGGGCACUCCUUUGUGACGUACUCUCACCCACCACCUUCAAGAGCGUAGACGUGGGUGUUAGCGAUGUUUUCGUAAUAGUUCUUCUCACGUUUAGUCCCGCACAGCAAUCGUCCCGGAAUCAACGUUCAGAUUGUACGCUUGAGUUACCUAUCGCAGCAUCUUAGCAUGUAGUGUACCCAAAGUUUGUUUUGUCAUACAUUGAUUAUGUAAAUAUAGCUUACGGCUGUUUCGUACGGGCAUAUGACAAAUUUCUUUCGAUCGUUCGUCAGGAAGUGCGUGAAAGGUGUGCUUUUCAGUGAAUCAAGUAAAAAAAUAUAAUCCCUGCAAGCCGGGUAUCGCCACACACGGCAACGGUGCAAGGCUAACACAUUGCAUCUGCUGGAUUAUUCCUCAUUACCAUGUCAUCAAAAGAAGAUACAAAAGGUGGCAGCUUGUGAGAGAAAAACAAAUUAAACGUGUCAUUGAAUGUGAGGUGAAAAUGGGCACGAAUGUUUUUCUUUAAUGGAGUGUGUGCUAUGUGGAUUGUUUAGUUUAGCGAAGAUGAUGACAAGGGUAAAAACGGCGUAAGCUAAGCCGUCGCUGGUUGUGUCAUGAGUUCGGUGUUGAAAUAACUUCAAUUGCGAUCCACACACUAAUAAGCCCAAGCGGUUCCAUAGGCAUUUGCAACUUAAUGGAAAGUUUUCUGCCAAAUCGGAAGUGGUGCGGUGAGGUGUGAUGCAGUGAAAGCGGUUGUGUUAUAAUGUUUCCCUCGCUAAGCGAAUAGCAGGGUGAUAGUAGCCCAGAAUCUGUACGGUGCUAUACCGGGAGCAAUGCCGAGGAUACGACACGAAAAUGGCAGUUAAAUUGUGCGAAAAUUGAUCUAAGUUUGUGGGCAAAAGAAACUUCCAGCCAGCACGCCCACACCAUCGACGAGGCCCAGGGGUGCCGUGUUUGUUAUGUAUUUUAAUGUGUGAUGACUUCUCGUACGGUGGUGGUCUGGCAUGGCCGAGCGUGAUAGAACGUAAAACGCAUCGUACUGGGCGAGUUCACUGAUGAUCAUCAGGAACCAUUCAACGAACCAAAAAAGAUCGAUUUCUCGGACUGGAAAAACAAGAACAUAGUUUCUCAUUCAAGUUGAAAGAAGCGAUUAAGUUGCAGUAUACGAGUGGAUCUAUAUUUGAUAUUCGAGAUUUCUUUUUUUUCUUCCCCAUCCUGUCGAUCAACAAACCACCAAGGCUAAGGACUAACCAACAAUAUAGUACCAUCAGUUUUGCUACAUGAUAAAACAUAAAUUCAGCCAAACGAAACUGCCUCAAAAUCGUACUGACAGUCGGGAAUAACUAAAUUAUGGCAGCAGAAGGCUGAGGAAAUAACAUCCAAAACAACGACGUUGGACAUUGAGACGAGUAAGCGAUGGAAAGCUAUGCUGAUGCAAACUCUACUAUUCCAAAAGACGGAUUCGACUUAAAAAUCAGACAUGAUUAUUCUUCUUUCUAGCUUCGGACUCAUGCAAAAGACACCACCAGCACUUACGAUACGCACGGCAUCACUCAUCGACAAGCAUAGACUGGUGAAAAUGACAUACAAAAACAACGUUUCUUUAAAGCACCAUACCGUACCGCAUAUCUGUGACAGAACAGUUUCUUCAUGUUUAAGGAAACUACUGUGAACCACAAUGAUAUACACUAUCUUCUUUUAGGUUAAGUUUCUUACAAAAAUCGAACUGUAUGGCUCUUCUGCCAAGAAUGUUACUUUAAAGCACAGCACGAUCGAUACAACAAAAACGAAAGAUCGUUUAAACCGUAUGGCAAACCGAACAACGGUUGCUAUUUCGGUUGCUUUUUGAACAUCACAUUCACGAGGGCAACGUCAGACAAACAACCACACAGCACCACGAUACCCCAUUAAGUACUGACGAAAUAUGAAUGUCCUUUCCAUCUGUCAAUCAAUCGAUCUGUCUGGUGCAAUUUAUCGAAAUUGAUGGCAGUGUCGCUUAGGGAACACGUUAGCAAUCAUCAAAUCUUCCAAUCAGAAAUCAAAAGUGUUAAAAGUUCGGUCCCGCCUCAGUGAAGAACCAAUCAAUACAUCCGGUGAUGCUAGCAAGUGUUAGUGAGUGUAAGCGCCUUCAGCCUCGAUGCAAACGAAUUCCCACCCGUCAAAAAGGGCCACAAAAAGGACGCCUACGGAGUGAAAAAAUGUAUAUUUAGCUCGCACGUAAAAAGCGUCUGGCUCAGAUUGGCACAAUGUGAGAAAUUUGUUGUCAGGUGAAAAGUGUUUGAAUUUUCCUUCCUCCACACCCUAUGCUCAUGCACGUGCAACCUGUUCGCGAAAGAAUUUCUCUCCCUAAAAAAGAAAAGCUGUUUGCUUUCGAUGUGCCCUUUCAUGAGUGUAUGUGUGUUUGGUAUGUUCUCAUGUGUGUACUUCUUCACUACUUAGCAACCGUGUCCGGUGGUAUCGUUGUGCGGUAAGCAGCUGACGACAAUACUGGGAAAGUCAACCCAUACUUAAAGGCCAAACGGGGCGCUUUGCACCUCAAUCCGAAAGUGUUUCGCGAGUUUGUAUUUGUGAAUUUGUCUGUGUGUGUGUGUGUGUGUGUAUGUGUGUUUAUGUGAUGUGAAAAAUGAUGAAAAAACGCGUAAACAGCUCAUGCAGUCUUCGCCAUCGCUCCCAGGUUUCUGUUAGCGAGCUCCCUGUAGAUGCAUUGAGCUGUUGUUGAUUUUACCGUCGGCAGUGUUGCUGUCGUGGUUUGACUCGAACCACUCCACUGUUGGCAAACGCCACGCAGUCAAAGAUGACUUUGAGCGGAAGUAAAAUGACGGGGAACAACAUGGCAUCAUUUUCUACGACAUUUCUACUACUAAUAUGGAGCACAGAAUUAACCAUUGGCAGCAUUAGAGUGGACGAAAAUCGGGAUAACAGCGAAGCUGAACUUGCCGGUGGAUCCCGAAAAUUUCGCACCGAAUUCCUCCAGGAGUGGCCAACGCCAGGAACUGGGCCUUAUUUUGAUACCACCGUUCCAAGCAACAUCACCGGUUUGGUCGGCAAGACGGUCCUGCUAAACUGCAAGGUGAAAAACCUCGGCAAUCGAACGGUUUCGUGGGUUCGACAUCGGGAUAUUCACCUCUUAACUGUCGGACGCUACACCUACACCUCCGACCAACGCUUCGAAGCGAUGCAUUCACCCCACACGGAAGAGUGGACACUCAGGAUUCGGUACGCCCAGCGCAAAGACUCUGGCAUUUACGAGUGUCAAAUAUCGACCACGCCACCUAUAGGACACUUUGUCUAUCUCACGAUAGUGGAACCAGUGACAGAGAUUAACGGAGGACCUGAUUUAUUUAUCAAUAAAGGCUCGACCAUAAAUCUCACCUGCAUCGUGAAGUACGCCCCCGAGCCGCCACCGGCCGUCGUGUGGAAGCACAAUCGUGAUGACAUUAAUUUCGACUCACCCAGGGGAGGCAUUUCGCUCGUCACCGAGAAGGGCAUCCUGACGACUAGCCGGCUGUUGGUGCAGAAGGCCAUCGCGAGCGACUCCGGUCUGUACACCUGCGAGCCCUCGAACGCCAAUCCGGCCUCCGUGCGGGUGCACAUCCUGAACGGAGAACACCCCGCGGCAAUGCAUCAUGGCAUCUCCACCAUCCUCUCCGGACCUAGCUUGGUCGCAUUCGUCCUCUCGACCAUUUUACUGUUCUACCAUCACAGUAUUCGAUGGAAGGACUUUCGGCUAACGUAGUAAAUCCACCUAGUUCUUUCCGUUUGCCUGUUCCUGGUUUCGUCACUGUACAGAACAUUUGAGUGUCCACGAGUGUGCGUUCAUGUCAAUGAGUUAUUUCAACACACAAGUGAAACAGCCAUAGAACCAUAUUAUCUUUAAAUUCGUUCCAUGCACCCAUCCGUCAUUGAUUAAUUGGGCUAUGUAUUAUGGUGACAUGGCUUUGUGCACAUGCUCAUUUUUCUAAAUUAUUACAUGACGUUUCAUCCGUAUGACACCUGACCAUAAUUGGUGCUUAUUAUUUAUUACUUAUAUACACAUGUAUUGUGUGUUCUUUGAAAAGUAUGCAAAUCAUGCAGAUUAUAUCAACGGACUCAACCAAACAAUCAGAGGUUUAUAACCAUUAAUUUCGUAUUACAUUUAUUGGCUUUUCGCCGGAAUGCCUUUUUAUCACAUUUUGUUUUGUCGAAACAAUAUGUUUACGUUCACUCUCACUCGAAUAGCUUAUUUAUUAACAAGCCCUAAUGUAUUAGCAGUUAAUGUACGGAGACGGUUAGUUAAUUCAAUUAUCUAAUUUGUACAGCAUCAAAUUUGUAAAUAAAUCUCGUUUAGAUGAUAAAAUACUAUUUGUACAAAUACAUAUAAUAAACAGUUUAGUAGAUCUCUGAAGUAAACCCAUAUAUAGAAAUAAUAAAAAUGUUAGGAAAGUCCCCUAACCCGAAAAACAAGGUUAAGGGAAAUACAAGUAUUGUUUUUAAUUUAAAGGCGUGAAAGAUGAAUGGCGAAAUUUGUUAGACGUUUUCAACAUUCGUCAAAAUGUCAAAAAUUUUAAAACAUUUUCUAACCGUUGGAAACGUAAUUUCUAUUAAAGUGUGUUCAACAACACAACAAUAAACGAAUUUAUCGCUUUUAGUUCUCACUUAAGUUUUUGAAAAGGGAUGCGAAAUUCUCAAAUAGCAGUUUGCUUUUUACACAACAAAUGUUGACAUAUCAGACAAAAUUAUGAAAAUGAGAUGAGAGAGGAAACAACAAAAUGGUACAUACAUCGUCGACGACUCCUAACUGUUAAGCCAAUGAAUUCACCGAAUGAUUCAACACUCUUCUAUACGUCAUAGAUUAUGUAGCAUGAAAGCUAGGAAAGCCAAAAAACUGAGCACUACAAAGUCGAAACUUUUGAUUUACUCGAUGUAAACUCUUCAUCUAAAAUAUCAAACCUUAAAGAAUCAUCAAAUGUUUCGAACUAAUCACUCAGAACACUGUUCAGGCUUUCGUGUUGAAAUUCGCGAAUCCCAAAAACAAUCAAUAAUCGCGAGUAACAAAACAGGCAUCUCGAAGUUGAAAACAAUUUGAUGUUACGCCUUUUGGUUUAAACUUUCAACGGUAAAUUACCAACAAAAAGUCGAUUGCUCCGUAGCCUGCCCUUCACUCUCGAACUUGUUCAACGAGGCCGAGUGAAAUGCUAGAUCGACACACAAUUACUAGAUGAGCAGAUUGCUAUGUACUCAAAAGUGUAUUUAAAAAAUUCUGGUCAAAUACAAAAAUUGCUAUAAAUUAAAAUCCAUCUAGACCAGAAAACAAGGCAUUAAGGCAAGACUUUUUUUAACAGUAAAAUCCAGGGAAAGAGCAACUCUGACGUAAAUACGCGAAAGCAGAAAAAAUUGUCCAAUAGGCACUAAUACGUUAGUGAGAAAGGCUUGGUAUAAUCCCCACUGAUUACCAGUAACAACAAAGGUUCCCCACAAAAUCGAUUGAUGCCUUCACCAGAUCUGCGUUAUUCGCCAACGGCAAAACUAAUUCUGAAGAAGAUUCAUGUUUGCUUCUUUGGUAUCAACGCUCUUGUAGCUAAAUUGCGAACAAUAUGCUACAUGAAAAUAAAAGGCGAUAAAACGCUGGGGCAUCGUGAAAAGCCCCCCACUCCAGGGCGGGGCUGGGACAGGAAUUGUCAUAAAACUGUAAAGUUAGGACAUUCCUUCAUUGGCUCAACAUCACUCCCUGUACCCUCGUCCGACGAAAAGUUUGUACCAUGAGUUUCACAGCAACUCCCAACGCCAGGAGAGGCUAGUGGCCGUGUCUAGGAAAGAACAACGGCAAUAAAGCAGACACGAUAAACGAAAACCAUGCGGAUGUAGCAAGAAGCAAGAAUCUUUUAGAUACGCAGGUAACCAAUAAAAUAAGCUAGAAUGGUGCGCUAAAAAUGAAUGCGACAAAACAGGACGCAAACAAAAAGUUUCGGUCCGUUCGAUGGAAACGUAAGUUCAAAAUUGUUUACUACACAAAACAGAGCAAACCGUUUAAACCACUGACAAACAAGUUACAAAUUUUGGAGACAAAGAAGCAACACCAUUCCAAUACAAAAUAAGUACGAACAAACAAGUUGCAAAAGAACUAUAGUCAUGAAAUGUCGAUUCGUUACGACAGACAGGGGAAAAUAGUCAAAUAAUGUGCACACGUUUUGCAACACUUUGUAACUAAAAUGUGUAAUAAAUUAAACACAAUCGGAAAGAAUAUUGAUCAAAAUAAUAAAGAUGAGAGCGAAAUCAACAUUAAA